GAUGGUGUGUUUUUCCUCAUUACUGUUGGCUUUAAGUGCCAUGUCCUACAGUCAUGCAGAAGGUUAGUGUAUUGUGAUAUUUUGUAACUAAAUAAACUACAGUUGCAUUGAACCCUUUAAAACAUAGAUAUGUUUUUUUUUAAUAAAUCAUGUAUUUUUCACAUUUAUUUCAAUGUCAUAUUUUAUGCCGGCAGUACCAAGAAGUAACUUUGAACGUUUUGUGUACGUUUGUGUACGUUUGUGUACGUUUGUGUACGUUUGUGUACGUUUGUGUACGUUUGUGUACGUGUGUGUACGUUUGUGUACGUUUGUGUACGUUUGUGUACGUUUGUGUACGUUUGUGUACGUUUGUGUACGUUUGUGUACGUUUGUGUAAGUGUGUGUACGUUUGUGAAAGUUUGUGUACGUUUGUGUACGUUUGUGUACGUUUCUAUACGUGAGUGUUUUACAUUAUACUCGGUUUGAGUUUUAGAUUCAGUUAAAUAACAGAACUAGGUAUGCAUGAGAAACUAAAAAUUUGAACUCGUAGAGAAAUGUCGCUUUGCUGUAUUGGAAAUAAAGCCUAUGGCGCUCUAUGUAUUUGAUUUUGUGAAGAUAACUACAAAAAUACUGAAGAGCUGCUCAAUCAUGUCUGAACUUGGAGCUGUUUUAAACAACCAAGCAGACCUAUUUUGGUUGUUGUACUAUACAAAUAUUUUAAAAAAAGAUAUCUUUACAACGAACAGUAGCAACACAUUCUUUCAGACGUGGAACACUUUCCUGCAAUCAUGAAUCAAUUUUAAGUACACAAUCUUGCUGCAACUUAUUUUUAUUUCAGUGCGCUCACCACCUAACAUUUUAGAACCCCGUAAAGUAACUGUGAGAUAUGUGAAGUCUUACGGCAAUUUCGUCGUCCCCUGCAAAGCUGAAAGUAAACCUGAUAGGCCAACGUAAGUUGCAACAAUUUUAUGACUGAUGUGAUUUAGAGUUGUCAAGAAAUAUUCCUAUAUUAUGUGCAGGAAAGUUUCUAUAAGUUAAAAUUGACCGAUGUCUUAAUUGUAUAAAUAUUUUUCAGGAUACAUGUUCUCUGUUAGGGAUAAAAACAUUUUAUUUAUUUGUGCUCAUUGUAAAAUCUACCUAAAAUACAUUAAAAAAUAAAGCAGUAGAUUGAUUGAUUGAUUGCAUUAAAUUAAAAAUAGCUCAUAGAUACAAAGCACUAUAAGGGGAAAAAAAGUAAAUGUUAAAAAAAUAAUCAUUCAAAAACAAUGGAGCCUUUACGUAAAGAUACAUAGUUAGUACUCAAUGGUGAUAACUUGUAAAUGUGUGCUAUGAAAACUAGGUCAUUUAAAACUUCAGUUUCCAUAAUUUAUUGAAUUUUUAAAAUUUAACAUCUUUCUUGUUAUAUUUUUUUUUCUUGUCCAGCUACCAGUGGCUGAAAGGAACAACACCCGUCGUCCCCAAUCAGCAUGUUGUAUUUGAUGCAACCACUGGUGACCUGUCCUUCACUGGUUUCACUUCCAGUGAGGAGGGGGUCUACAUUUGUGUGGCCACCACCGUCUUCGGCGC